CAUUUUUUAUGAUGAAACCUGCUUCUGACUUUACAAUUGGAGUUUGAGAAGCGCAUGAGGGCUGACAUGGAGGAAGCCAAAACUGAAGAAAAUGUGAAACUACAGUCUGCUUUGGAAGAAAUGCGAGUUCAGUUUCAAGAGACUAAAGAAUUGCUCAUGAGGGAACAAGAGAAAACAAAGGAGUUUGUUCACAUCUUUCUACAAUCAGUUUACCAGGACGAAAAAGCCAAAACCCAGGCAAAACUAAAAGCUACUUUGCUUCAGCUCAAACAGGCUACAGAGCUACUCUUGAAGAAGGCACGUGAGCCUGAGAAGAAUGCUGACCAGGUUUCUGCUGUAAACGAGACAGGUGAUCAGAUGCCUGUAGCCACUCAGCCUUCAGAGAAUGGCCAUCAGGAUAGUGCAAAACUACAAGCUACUUUGCUGACCGAGCUACUCUUGAAGAAGGCACCUGUGAAGAGGUCAAGUUUGAUGAUGAAAUUGUCAGUAAGCUUGCUGCUUCUCUGUCUCGUCCUCUCUUUCUGGUGGUCCUUUGACUAUAUCAAUAAUAUGGUGGGGCUGGGUUUGAUGUACUGAUUCUAUUCAAGGACUUAGUUAGCUCGCUGGAGAAAAAAAAUAAAUGAGGAAGCCAACAAACUUAAUGAAGAUACUUUACAAGCGUAGAACAUCAAGAUUCACACAAUAUAUAUAAUGCAAAAUGAAGAGGAAGAUAGCUAAACAAUUAAUGAUAUUAUUAGGCUUCAGACCAUGUGAUUUGGUGCUGGCCCUUAUA